AUGAGCACUCUUUUGGCGUGUCCUUACUGCGGUGUUCAGAUGGGAAUGUCCUGCAUGAGGGCACACAUUGCAUUGUGCAAUGACCGCGACUCCAGUAGAGAAAAUAGCGAAGGCAGAGCGGAAUCCAACGAACCUUUGGCAUGCACCCGCAACUCUUCCUCCCUUUCUUCCUCUGCGGUUGCGGGCUUUCCAUGCGUUGAGACGUCGAUUCCCCCGCGGGUUCCGGGCAAUGCGAACGCCCCAAAGGUUUUUCGUUUGGACUUGCGAUCCAACCCGAUUAAAAAGCCAAUCGUGAGGGAUGCGAAGGUGAGGGAUCUCUGGUCGUUUCCAGAGUCCGAGCGCCGUUCGUGUUCGCGUCGCGGUUUGACUUCACCCCCGUCGCCCCCUCUUCAAAGCAGCAAUGAUGAAUUGCCGAUUGGGGAAAAAGCCGUGGAAACUGGAUUGUUAUCGUUGCCCACGGGCACAUCUAACACGGAACAGGAAAAUUUUGGGCAUGCUGGGCACGGGGAAUUGUCAAGCGGAAAGGAGGGCGAUGGACACUUAGCCUCUUUGGAUAACACUCAGCUGUUGGAAAAAAUUUCCCUACUGGAGGCAGCGAACAGAGAGCUUUAUGAAGCGUUGGCCGUUCAGAGAGAGGCACAUGAAAAUUCAAGGGCGGCGCUGGAAAGGACUCUGAAUUCUCUGCGGGAUGAUUUAUCGACCCUUCAUGCGUUAGUGGCCGGUGCCAUCAAGAGUGCAGAUGCUGCUCACCACGGCGUAGUGGGUGUUGAAACACGACUAGAGAACCUUCCGACAAGGGAGGCAUUUUAUCGUUUGGAAGAAAAAGUGGAAGAUUUGUUUGCAUGUUCACGCACACUGCGGCAGGAUACGCCGCCGCGGCAAGGGAGGGUUUCGCGUGAUAAGAAUGAGAAAACUCCUCUGUUGAAUCUCUCUGUCAACAGUAUUUCAUCAGCCACUCGCCAAGCCACUAGCGGUAUGAGUGGGAGUAAAGACACCGGGAGCGAGCGACGAGGUGCUCCCACAGGGACGCCGUUUCUAUGCGACGACGCUGGGGAGAUGAUUGCACAACUUCUCCAUCUGCAGCCUGCAGUCUUGAUCCAUACUCACGGUACGACGUCGGCGUUGAAGGCUUCAGACGGUUUUCCUGGGAGGGGGUGA